UAAAUCGCGGGAAAGAGGAAAAAAAUGGCGACUUAGGGGCAGGGAGCGCUGAGUGUAACUGGACACACUGACACUCCCCCGCGUCGGGCAGCGGCAGCGGGGCGGUGUGGACUCGCCUGGAGGGGCUUUUGUCGAUAACGGCUUGACCAAGAGGCGACGGACUGCAGGGAAGUGCGUAAGGCAGGAACGGGAGCAGUGAGAGGAGGAGCUGAUGGAGAAAGGCACUUUGGAACUGAGCAAUGUUGAUAUCGUCAACAAAAAGACCGAAAAACUCCCCGUCAAAUCUCUGCAAAACGGAAAUGUGCACAUACAACAGGACUGUGCAUUUACAGAAGGGCAGUACGUCUUAUCCAGAUGGACAGAUGGGUUGGUCUACCUUGGAAAAAUCAAGAAGGUGAACAAACAUAAGCAAAACUGCCUUUUAGUCUUUGAAGAUAAUUCUGAAUAUUGGAUUCUUUGGAAAGACAUACAACAUGCUGGAGUUCCAGGUGAAGAGCCAAAAUGUAAAGUCUGCUUGGAAAAAAAUUCUACACCACCCAAUGAAAUUUUGAUUUGUGGCAAGUGUGGCUUGGGGUACCAUCAGCAAUGCCACAAUCCCAAAGUUGACAGAACGAUAAAUGCCUCCUCCUCUCCCUGGUUCUGUCGGCAGUGUAUAUUUGCAUUGGCCGUAAGGAAAGGAGGUGCUUUGAAAAAGGGACCACUCGCUAAAGCUUUGCAGAGCGUCAAACAAGUUUUGCCCUACAACAUGAAUGAACUUAGUUGGGAUUCUCUGCACAGAACUAACCUACAGCAGUGUUACUGUUACUGCGGGGGACCCGGAGAGUGGUACCUGAAGAUGCUCCAGUGCUGCAGAUGUAAGCAGUGGUUCCACGAAGCCUGCACUCAGUGCCUGAGUGAGUCCAUGAUGUUCGGAGACAGAUUUUAUUUGUUUGUGUGUUCUGUGUGCAAUAAAGGACCUGAAUAUAUCAAACGCCUGCCCCUCAGAUGGGUAGAUGUCGUGCACCUUGUCUUAUACAAUUUAGGAGUCCGUGGCAAAAAGAAGUAUUUUGACUUUGAAGAAGAAAUAUUAAUAUUUAUUAAUCAAAACUGGUCAAGCCUCCAACUUGGAAAGCUGACAGAAACUGCGAUGCUUGAACGAAAGCAGCAGCUCCUUGAUGCGUUAAACAACUAUAAAAGCCGAUUUAUCUGUGGUAAAGAAAUUAAAAAGAAAAAAUGUAUUUUCCGUCUCCGUACCAGAGUACCACCAGUUCCUCCGAAUAUUAUUUUGCCUGAUAACGUUGGCCAGUUGACAGAUCAUGCUUCGAAUGAGAUCAAGAGGAGAGGAAAAAACUUAGUGUUUGCACCCAAGUAUGGUCCCCUGCCAGAAGUCCCACCACCCCGCAGGCGGCAGCUUCCGCUGAAAUGGGGGAGAAAGAACAGGAAAUCGAGCUGGUUUCUGCAGGAUGCCGUCCCAAAGAGUGACUUCUCCACAGCUGAGAGCACAAGCUACCAUUUGGCAAACAUAUUUGACUUUACAGUGGAUGACAUUCAGAGUUUGAGGAGUUUCAGUGAUCGCUCUGAGGGAACCUUUAACUCGGACCUCGAUUCGACGGACGCAGCAAGUACUUCUGAAUCUGCCUCAACAAGUGUUUCUGGGGACUCCCGAAAGACCACGGGGAGUCGGAAAAGAAAGGCACCCAUGGAAUAUUCGCUAAACACCAAAAACAGUCGCAAGGAAACCAUCUACACACAUACAGCUAAUGGAAUGGGCCGGGCGGAACAAUCGAAGGAUAACAGCUACCUUAAUGCCCACACCUUUGAUAGUAUGAGUGCUGACGAAACCUCACUGUCCAACCUUAAAUCCUCCAUCACUAGUUAUUUUGGCGCGGCCGGCAGACUGGCUUGUGGUGAGAAGUUCCAGGUCCUUGCCCGCAGGGUGACCCUGGAUGGGAACGUGCAGUACCUCGUCCAAUGGGAAGGUGCCACUCCGUACUGAGGCAUAACCAGCAACUCCAUCCAGUAGCCACAGGGCCACCGUGAUUCAGAGCCAGGGCUGGAAACUCUCCGGUGCCUGCUACAAGGUGAAAACUGGCUACCGUGGAGUCAUCUUAUUUACCAGAAAGAGUCAUUUCAUUGAAGAUUUGAGAUCUCCUCAGCAACUACUGUACUAAUGCAUUUUUAAAAAUUGGUACAGAAGUCUUCUUUCGCUGCUAGUUGUAGCUAGCGUUAGUUAAUAUCCAACUGAGGAGCAUUUUUUGGUGCAAUCCAUAUGUGCAUUUGCCCUGAAUGGAUACCGGACUGGCUUUGACCAGCUGAGCGAGCGACUUGCCUUCAUCCACUGAGUAACAUCGAACGUGGAGUUGAUGUGGAGAUUUAACCUCUUCGACAAAGUGAACUCGGCAUCCCACGUGGUCUACCUUGGCACCCGUCUCACGGGUUCCUGUUUCUCUUUCGGGGAUUACAUCGCUGACGUGGAUCACCGUGGCUGUCUUGCGGCUCCACAAUUUAAGGAUGGGGUGUGGGGAGGUGGAUUUGUGCUUUGGGGAAGGAAGACUGGAAGCUUUUACUAAGAGAUUAGGGUGGAGGUGUGAUUGCCGUGAAUGUAAGUGGAUUGUGAUUUUUGCAAAUUUUUUUUUUGAAAAGCAUGAAGUCUGAGAUAGCAGUGAUUGGAAAUGGAUGAUAUGUACUGAGAAGGUGCGACUAGGCCUCGAGGUUGACCUUGUGGGCUCCACUGUAUCUGCUGCACACUUGGCGCUUUUUUUAUGUAAUCUAUUUCCAUACACAGCUCUGCUUUAGAUAUAGAAUCACACCAGAUUGUUAUAUAGCCAGUUGUGACUGAUCAAAGUACACCUAGCUUUUGAAGGCUGGCCUCGGCUGCUGGAACUUAACUGUUAGCUGUGCUUUAUUGCUUUUGGCAAAGGCCAGCUGCCUUGUCUAUUGGCUGAAGCAACGUCUGACAGGGUAAGGUGAUACACAGUUGAGCUGUUGCUGCUGUAGGUUACCCCCCUGCCCCCCUCCUCCCCUGGGUACCUACACGUCCCGCACAACCGUCAAAGUAGGGAAUGUAUGGGAUGCUUGAGACAAUGUGAAGUGACGACUUUUGAGGCUGCUGCUCUUGCUGUGUGGAUCUGCCCUUUUUCUGUGGAGGCAGAUGUCACACGCUGCAAAUUUUUUUUUUACCCUUCGAGAACUGACUUGACAUUCCUGCAUCAACGUCCAAAGUAAAACCGGGCUGCUCGUUUUCCCUCUGUGGCUGUGGGCGUGGUGUGCUGGUCACACUGCACUCUCUAAUCUUUUCCACCCCUCCUUCACCUGUAAGAUCACUUUUGUUUUCAUUUGCUGCUGCUCCCGUUCUGAAUGGGGCAGUAGAUGGGCUGAAGGGCCUGUUUCUGUGCUGUACUGCUCUGACUUUAACAUCGGCAUGAAGCUUUGCACUGUCCAGCUCCUCUGUGUUUAUCCAGUGUCCUGCACCUUCGUCGUUAACCGGAGGGAGAGGGGAGGCAUGGUAUAUUGGAAAGAAUAGCUUAAUUUAAAAGAGAGCAUCCCACUUUAAAUAAGGAGUGAACUUUUACCAGUCCUUCACUCAAGGGACUGACAGAGCAGUCAACUGCCCUCCCUUAAUCGUGAAGGUUGACAGAUACCUUUCUUAGGAAGGUAUCACAGGUCACGCACAGUCUGGGCUGGUUCAAGAGCUGGGCUGGCAGUCAGGAGCAGGACACGUACACAAGAGAUUCUGCAGAUGCUGGAAAUCCAGAGCAACACACACAAAAUGCUGGAGGAACUCAGAAGGUCAGGUAGCAUCUAUGGAAAAGAAUAAACAGUCAACACUUCAGGCCAGGACACUGAUGAAGGGUCAUGGCCCAAAACGUCAACUGUUUAUUCCCCUCCAUAGAUAUUACCUGAUUUUCUGAGUCCUGAAACAUAAACUGUUUAUUUUUUAAAAUUUAUUUAGAGACACAGCACAGUAGCAGGCCCUGCCGGCCCAACUAUGUCCAUGUGACCAAUUAACCUACUAACUUUGGACUGUCGGAGGAAACCGAAGCACUUGGCGGAAACCCACGCAGUCACGGGGAGAACGUACAAACUCCUUACAGACAGCGACAGGAGUAGAACCUGGGUCACUAGCGCUAUAGAUGCCACUUGACUUGCUGAGUUCCUCAACGUUGACACUUCUUUCCUCUCCAGAGAUGCUGCCUGACUUGCUGAGUUCCUGCAGCAUCCUGUGUGUUAAUCAGGAGCAGGAAUCUGAUCAGAUUGCUCUCUAACCUGACUCGAGAUUUCAGACGUAGUUCACCCACAUUGGGCGAGACCAGCACAGAGCAAGGGGUACACUCUGGACAUCCAACCUCAGCUUUGUGCUAUUUUUGCACUAAACGAAUUGAGCAGUACUGGAUGGCGUAGUGUCGCUACGAUGGUUCACUUUAACAGAGAAGGGAGAGUCGACGUUAAAAACUGCAGAAGUGCCGUUCUGUUCUCAGAGGGUUGGGCUUUAAUGUAUUUGUGUGUGCCAACCUGGUGUUGCAAUUGAAAUGCGAAGGGACAUUGGCUGCUUUAGUUCCUGUAGAGAAUCAAAGUGUAAGAUUUAUAUUGUCACAGUUAAAUGUUUUUGAUGCAAAAAUGUAGUUCUACAAAAUUCUUCUAAAUACUUCUCAAGCACAAGAAUUGUUACAGCUUUGGUAAUGAUAAUAGCAGAUUCCCUUCAAUGAAUGCCAAAGGUAUUUUUAAUUUUAGAAGGGAUAUGUAGUUCUCUGAUAUAUCCCUUCUGCAAGAAUUAUUCAUUUGACAUUUGUUUCCAAAAACACUGGGGGCUUGAUAUGAUGAGGACACAUUAAGCUGUCCUUUAACGUCCUGUGCAUUAGGUAUUUAAUGGAGAUGGAUCACAUUUAUUGGCUGAAAGUUGAGAUGGCAUUUUAUAUGUGCAAUACAUUGAUAAUUGUGAAUAUUGGCUCCUUUAACAGACCCCUGGCCAAAAAUAGUUUGGUUAUUGACAGCACUCCCCUUGGCUUGUCUGUUACUGAAUUCCUCGUCAGUGUCUCCAUCACCUCCUUAUUUGACCUACCAAAGUAUAUUCUUCAACGACCCUCCAAGAGACUUAUUCAGCACCAGGACCUGUUACACUAUCACCUCCGGAUCGUUAGUAAAUAACUUAAACAGCUGCUUGAUUUAAAAAUUUUUAUCCCUGAUUUUUUUGUAAACUUUUUCAUUGCCUCCUGUUACCUACAGACUCCUACAGCCCCCCCCAGGAUAUGUCUGCACCUCCUAUAUCUUGCCUCUUGAUCAUCCCCAUUGUAUCUGCUCUUGCCAAAACUCUGAAUUCUCUCCUUAAGUCACGUCAUCUCUGACCUCAAUGUCAAGACCUUUGACAAAGCCUUUAACCUUACCCCAUGGAGUGUCAAGUCUUGCUUGUAACCAAUCCUACAAGGUGAUUGGAUUUUUACCAUGGAGAUGACUUAGUAAAGGGUUAGUAUUGUGUUAGUAUCCCACAGAGAAGGUGUUGCAAAAGUAAAACUGUCUCUGUCAAAAACAGUUGCUUAAUAUAUGAGGAGUUUUUGAUGUCUCUGGGCAUGGAGUUCAGAAGGAUAAGGAGGGGGGUUAUCACAUUGAAACCUACUGGAUUCUGAAUAGCCUGGAUAGAGAUCUGGAGAAGAUGUUUCCAUAAGUAACAGAGUCUAGGAUCGAAGGACACAGCCUCAGAAUAAGAGGAUAUUCCUUUAAAUCUAUGAUGAGAAGGAAUUUCUUUAGGCAGAGGGUGGUGAAUCUGUGGAAUUUGUUGCCACAGGGUCUGUGGAGGCCAAGUCUUUGGGUACAAAUCUUGCUAGGUUCUUGAUUCAGAAAGGGGGUUAAGGGUUAUUGGGUGAAAGUGGCAAAGGAAAAGAUCGGCUAUGGUAGAAUGCUGAAGCAGACUUGAUAGUUUGAAUGGCCCAAUUCUGCUCCUGUGGUGCAGGUUUGGGGUGAUGGCACGAGGCAGAAUAAUAGUUCAAUACAAGCUAGCUCAGCCGAAGGGCAUGUUUCCAUAUAGUGCUCCAUCUCUUGUGGUCUAAGUACCAGUUAAUCAAAUGGAGACAAAGGGGGAGAAAUUAGGCCCAGGCUGUUGUCGAAUAAAACAGGAGGCCAUUUUGGAUAGAUUCUUUUGUUUCUCUUUAAGUCUGCUUCAGUUUAAUCCCAUUUGCCUGUUCCCUACUGAAAUAAAUAAAUCUACUGAAUAUAAAGUUAAAUCCAAAUGGGAAACCAUCCAUUUCCAAUCUGAUCUGGUCCCAAGCCCGAGGAAGUUUUUAUACCUAACCAUCGUCUGAAGCACAACAGUCCCAACCGUGAUAGUAUCCCAUUGCAGGCUGUCACCCCAGUCAAUACUGCUGGGCCCCAACCGUUCAAAACUUUGCGCAAAGCCCGUCAGCCAUUUUCUUUCUCCUCCCAUCUCUCAUGAAGCUCGCCAGCUCUCCACCCUGCAAGCUUUUGGACCCAAGUUGCACUUCCUCAGACUUGCCACCUUAAAAGAAACACUCUGAAUUCUGGGAGUGGUAGUUCCAUUCCCAGAUCGGUCCUUCGGCCGAGAGACCCUGCCUUGCAGCAGCUGUAAGGUUGUUAAAGACAGAGUCAGGCCAACCGCAGGGCAGUUUCCCAAAUGGUCAAAACACACAGUCAGAUCCUGCUUGGAUGUGAGUGGGCCUGAUUUUCAUUCUCGGAUUGUUCGUUGGCCUUGAACAUCCAAACACUUUGGCUUUGUGGUGUUGACCUUUGAACCGGUGCACCUGGGCAGGGUUGCUUUGCCGUGGCACUCGUAGGAAAGAAAGAGAAGGCAAACAUUCUGGGCCUCACAGGCCCAGAAACUCCCAGCGAAUGAACCGCGUAACGGUGGCAACCGUCACCGACCAACCAGGUCAUCAGCUAGGCCCACACAAGUUACACGAGGCCCCUUCUCUUGGAGCCCUGGCAGAUGUCCUCCCCAGUGCCCUCAACAGCUCCAGCCUCCCGCCCAGCAACGAGAUGUACUUUAGCAAACCCUGACCACCACCCACCUGUACCUCCUUUCCCCACACAUUGGGCACACCCAUCUCGGGCCCUGAGUUUCUCUUGGCAGAGCAGAUGACAACAGAUCACCUACACUGUAUAAAUAGGCCCCAAGGUCCCCACACAGAGACGGCAGCAGUCCUCCAAGGGUGGGUGAGCACUUGCCCUCCACCACUGGUGCUGGUUUCCAUGAAGGGACGUACUGACCUAUUCUGAAUACUGUGAGGGUUGACGUUCAUCCUUGCUUGCGAGCACCACUAAGCACUGAAUAACCAUAAUAGACUCGCACAGCAUGGCAGUGCAGAAACAGGCCCUUCAGCCCAUCAACCUGCACCUGGACCACAGGCCUCCACACCCCCUCUCGUCUGUGUACUUAACCAAACCUCUACUAAAUCAAACCUGCAUCCACCACUUCGGCUGCCAGCUCGCACCACCCUCUGAGUGAAGAAGUUCCUCCUCAGGUUCCCCUUAAAUAUUUCACCUUUAUACAAUGACCUCUAGCUCUAGUCUCACCUGACCUCCAUGGAAAAAGCCUGCUUGCAUUGACCCUGUCUACAGCCCUCACCAUAAAUACAGGCUACACACAUAUCCUGAAACUCUAGUCCACUGACCUUUUUUUACUUUGGAAGCUUAACUGAAAAAAAUUCAAGUUGCAAACUGCAAUAUUUAUCUGAAAAGCCAUGACCUGAGAUGACAGUGUACAAAGACUUAUUGCGCUUUGCCUAACAUUUAUAGAUUCUUUUUGCAUUUCCCCAUUACAUUAUUGGGCAAGCACUGAUCAUUUCAUAACCCAAUUUUGAAACUUGUUCUGACAUUCAAGGUUGAAAGCCUUGCAUUUAUAUUUUGCCUUUCACAUCGCCCCAUAUGUUCCAAAGCCCUUUAUGUUCACUGAUGUACCUUGGUAGUGUGGUUCCUACUGUUAUGUAGGAAAUCCAGCAGCCAAUUUGCACACAGCAGUGUGGUCAAAACCAAAUGAGCCAUUUUUUAAAAAAAGCAAUAAUGAUUACUGUCCUGUUCUUCGAACUAGCUACAUGGAUCUUUCAGAACCAUCUGAGAGAACAUAGAAGGAAUGAGUUUGGUGUCUGUUCCUAAAGGAUGGAGUCACUGAGAGUGUUGCUUGCAUCACUUCGGUAAUGAAGGCGAGAGUCGGCCCAGAACUUUGGGCUCAAGGUUUCGGAAGGGAAGUUAAAACUCCAAACCUUGAUCACGAGAAUCUUUUGGUGAAGGUUGACAGGAAGAGAUGAGCUGUCAGCACCAUGUCAUCACCCACCUGGUACUGCUGCACCCGUUCUGAGUGUUUGAUCAAUACUGAAGUUAGAAAAAUCUGAAAAGACAAUCUGUGUACAAAUGUUGCCUGCACAAUGUGAUCUGCAUAAUCAUUAAAGGUUAACAGUGUUACUUUAAAUUUUUACAAUUCCAUGCAAUUACGCAAUGUCAUUACUCUUGUAACAAAAAGUGUAUUCUUCAUUAUGCAGUUCAGUAUUCUUUCCUGUAUUACUCAGCUAUGCAAAGCAAUUGGCAAUAAAUUCUAGGGCUAAAUUGUUGUUCUGCGCUAUUUUAACCUUUAU